AUGGUCCAGCGAUGGCGAUGGUGGUUCCUGUUGAUGAUGUUGGUCUGUGCUGAGGCCGGUCUACAACAGAGAUUGAAACGGAGCGAUCUCUUCCCUCCGGACGUUGAUUUACAACCCGAAAACAAGACUGUUUGCGGAGGGCAUGGAGUGAAGAUGAACAAUAAAUGCGAUUGUUUUUAUCCAUACACUGGUCCAAGAUGCUCCGAUUUUGCUUGUGGUAAGCAUAAAGCAAUUCAUUGUUGUUUUUAUCGGUGCUGAAUUUACUUACAUUCCCUUUUAGUUUAGUUUACUUUGCAUUUUCUUUUUACUCCCGUAGAAUCAUCAAUUUUACCAAAAUGACCUUUAGAAGGUGAUAAAAUUGUCUUUUCUCAAACUUUCACCUUUAAUAGAUGACGGUGAUUAAACGCUUUAUAAAGAAAAACCUUAAUGAUGAAUUAGCCGGAAGGGUUUUACUGUCGAAUAUGAAGAUUCAUUUCGUUCUAAAAAAACUUUAUUAUGAUCAGCCACACGUAAUAUGACCUUGUAAAUCAUGACCACUUGAACAAGCGCAAACGCUGCAAAGCUCAAUUCUCUUCUGAAUUUCAGAAAUGCUCUAAAAUGACGAUUUCCCGCUACCGAAAAAAACUGAACUCAUUGAGAAAACUGGGCCGAGUUUUUGUCAAAUUUAGAAGCUAUUCACAUCCCAUGAUAUACCGAUUGUGUUCCCAUUUGAUCUCUCAUGAUCGCAAAUGUUGCUAUCGAGAAGUUAACCAAUUCAUCUGCUCGAUUAGACAAUUCCUGCGUGAUUAAACCAAAAUUUAGGGAAUUUAACAGUACAGUCAUAGGAAUAGUCUCAAUUAGUUUCCAAUCUUUGAUCGGAAGAAUCAAAAUACAUAUGUAUUGCAUGUAUGUAUGCUUCAAACCAAAAGAUGCCUCAAAAUUUUAGAGCACGGCCUCUCCGUUGGUCCAAGAUACGACCCGACUUCAAUAUUCUUCAAUAAGAAAUGCAUUUGUGACGAGGAUUGGUCGGGAGAGCUGUGUCAUAUCCCGAUUGCCAAUCAGUGUAAUGAGCGGGGGCAGUAUGUAAAUGGCCGAUGCAUUUGCCAUGGCUAUUACUUUGGACCCAGAUGCCAAUACGUCGGGAAAUGUGUGCACGGGAAAUUAACUGAAGGAGUGUAGGUAAAUCAUAAGUAAUAAAGAACCUUUUAUGUAGAUGCCAAUGUUCAUAUGGCUACGAAGGAGAUUACUGCGAUCAAAUUGUUUGUCAUCAUGGAUAUCCGGGUGAGUUUUUGAUGAGUUCAGCGCUUGAAAUUUGCUUUUUAUUUGACAUACCAGUUCUCCCUCGGGCAAAAUCAUACUGUGAAAACUUGAGCACGCUCUUUACAUUCAAACCAAACGAAAAAAAUUCGGCUUUGCAUAAAUUUCUUGGCAGUUUCGAAAGCGCUGUCAAAAACAUCCUUAAAAAAUUUGAUGUAAUUUAUGUCAUGUAUCAAUCACUUCUACUGCACUUUCCAGACAAAAACAACACCCUCAAACGAUGCAUUUGCCCUCCCCGACAUACCGGCCAAUUCUGCGAUGAGUGCUUACUAAAAGAGGAACACGUUCUUCCCUUUCCAAAUUGCACUUUGGAAAAGGUCCCACUCAAAGUGAAACUCUCCAGAAUCAAGACGAACCAACUGAUCUUCAAGAGGAUCCUGAUUAUCCUCUUGAUCUUUGCCGUUCUCAUUGUUUUAGUGGCUGUAAUGUAUGUCUUGAAUUGGGGGCACAAAAGAAAUCAAAAGAUGGAUAAUGCCGAAUUAUUGAGACAAAAUCUGGUGAAUGAGAGGCAGUUGAUGCUUCAGAACAUCUUCAGUCAGAAUAACUUGGAGGUCCCGAAUGAUAAAUUGGGAAGAAGGUGAGUGAUUACCGUAAAGUCAUCAUAAAUUUUCUUAAUUCCAGAAAGAGUAGCCAACGAUUCUUGGACCCAAAUCGCAUGGACCAUUCGCUCUUUUAG